AUGCCUGCUACACGAGCAUAUUUACUACCCUGUCACUAUGCCUGCUGCAUGUUUCAAUAUGACAGUAAUGCUGCAUCCAGUAGUGAUGAUGAAGAUGGUGAUGAUGAGGAGGGUUCCAACAAAAGAAAAAACAAAGAGGAGAGUAAACCUAGAAAGAAAUCCAAAACUGUGUCUGAAAAGCCACGAAAGAAGAAGACGAAGAAGGAUAAAGAUCCUGACAAACCAAAAAGAGCAAUGACUGCAUAUUUCUUAUGGUUGAAUGAAAAAAGAGAAUCCAUCAAAAAAAGCCUUCCUGGUAGUUCUGUUGCUGAGAUCAGUAAAAGAGCUGGUGAACUAUGGAAAAAGAUGACAGAGAGUGAUAAAAAGAAAUACACAGCAUUAGCUGCAGAAGAGAAGAUCAAGUAUGAGGAUGCUAUGAAGGUAUAUAAACGAAAACAAGCUGAUGGAGAUAUCAGAAGUCCAAAACGUGAAUCAAAGAGCAGUCCUGUUUCAAAGUCCCCAUCUAAAAGUCCAUCAAAGUCGAGAGCUGGAACUGGAACUAACUACAAAAGUAAAGAAUACAUAUCCAGUGAGUCAUCAUCACCGGCAUCAUCUUCAGAUGAAGAUGACGAUAAACCACUGAAAUCUAAGAAAGAAAAAUCAAAGAAGAAAACAAGGGAAGAAGAAGAAGAUGAUGCAUUACCAUCAGAAGAAGAAGAGCUUAGCACUCCUCCAUCAUCAAGUAAUGAAGGUUCAGGGGGAGGAAGUGAUGAAGAAGAUGAUGACGAUGAUGAUGAAUAAGUCUUCUCGCUGUUAUCACUAUAAAGAGAUAAUUCAUAAACCAUUCUAUGGAUCUGUGGAAUUCUAUUUUUUGUUUCUUGAUGUUUAAAUAAAAUGUAUGAAA